AUGACAUCUAUCACAAGCUUGCCCAACGAGCUCCUUAUGGAGAUUUCGGAGCAUUUGAACCGUGCAGCCGACUUGAGUUCCCUUUCCGCCACAAGUCGACGCUUCUACUUCACCACUAACCAUAUCUUCUAUAAAUUUGCUGCUGCAAACCACCCGGAUAUGCUAAGCGUGGCCUGCGAAGCUGGUAAUAUUGAGAUGGUGAAGAAGCUUCUCGAGGCAGGGCAAAACCCAAAUACGCUCACGUCCAAUUCCCGAGAUCCUUCUUCAGAGGACCGUAUUGGCUUUGAAUGGGUUCGCGACACAGAAGACACUAGAUUUGUCCUUGACUGUAUAAUUAGUCGUAAGCAGAGGGCUAUAGAACGUCGUUCAAGGCAUAAUAACGAUCCUCCUACUUACAACAGGGAAUUAAAGAGUAGAAAGAGUAGAAAGAAGGAAAGGAAUAGGGAGAGUAGAACAAGAAGAAGAGUAAGAAGAUACUUGCGUCUAGUUUUGAAAAACUUCUGGUUCCCCCUCCACUCUGCUGCUAUAGCUGGAUCUACCGAGAUCGUCAAGCUAUUGGUAGACUCCGGUGCUCUCUUGGACGUUCCUGCGCAUGCUAUUUAUAACUGCCAACCUCAUCACGACCGGAAGGAAAUCAAGUCAGAGUAUUACUAUUGGACACCAUUACACACCGCCUUAUGCUGCGGCAAUGAGGCUGUGGCAAACUUGCUUAUUAGUCUAGGGGCGUCAACAGAUGUUGAAAUAAAAAAAAGGAAGUCUAGUGCACUGCAUUGGGCGGCCCGUGGCGGCUAUUUAUCAACCAUGGAACUACUUUUAGAAGGCGACCACAAGGUCCCCGUUGACAUCAAGGAUAUUGAUGGCGCAACCCCCCUCAUGUGGGCUUUAGGGACACCACAUAGCAUCCAGACAAUGCAUUGCCUUAUUCGGCACGGUGCAAACAUGGAAGCACGAACUAAUAAAGGGUGUCCUUGGUUUCAUGAACAACCCACUGCACUCUUACGAGCCAUUCGUUGUUGUUGGUAUGAAGACGCCCUUUACCUUAUUAAUUCCGGGGCGAAUAUCCAUCCUCCUACAGACGAUUUACCAUCCGCAUUGGACCAGUGCCUUAUUUCCCUCCGUGGGAUCCCUAGCGAAGCCACAGCAGAGAAAUGGUUCCACCUUGGGUCUAAGGUAGAUGACGAUAUGCAUAUGCAAUUUCGUAAGCGUUUUCUGCUCGAGCGCGACCUGGGGUCUUUGUCAAAGAAUACUGAGUUCAACGAUAUUUGCGAUGAAGAAGUUCGCUCUGGCAUGGUGGAAUUGGCCAAAAGGCUCAUCUGCAUCGGUGCUAAUGUUCACGGUUCUCCUGGCACUCGACAUUCGCCGCUAGUGCGCGCAUCAGGGGCUCAUUUGGCAACGGUGGUAGACCUGUUGAUAAAGCAUGGUGCGCGAGUUGACCAAGAAGACGAAGAUGGUCUAAAUCCGCUACUUGCUGCUGUCCUUGCCACGGAUACGGCAUCUCCGAAAUCUUGUUUUGAUACCGUUGAGUGCCUCCUCAACAAUGGGGCAAAUCCUAACAAGAUAACUCGGCGCAACCGACCAGUUCUCAUGGCUUUAUGCGCUAGUUCUUCCCCAAGCCCAAAUGAUCUUGAGCUGGUUAAGCUUCUAGUCGAACAUGGUGCGGAUAUAAAUGCCCGUAGUGCCGUAAGGGUAAAUCGUCUUUCUUUACAAGAAGACGUCGAGGAGUUCUUGUUAUUUUCACCUCUUCAAGCCGCUCUCUGCACUUAUAAGGUAGAUAUCUGCCGGUACCUUAUCGAUAUAGGUGCGGAAGACUCUCAUGAAAUGCCCAAUCUUGGUGACAUACUGGAACAUUUGGUCUAUCAGGAUGAAUUCCACUUCGAAGACAGAGACAUACGCGGUCGAGAACGGUAUUGUGAAGCUCUCUCGCUUCUCCUCGAACUCGAUCGCUCAGGAUGGCUUUCCAAAUAUCCUAAGGCUCUUUGGAUGUCUACUAUGGUCCGUUGCUUCCCCCUGACGACGAUUCUUCUCCAAAAUGGAGCUUCUGAUGCUUCAUGGGUCAACGAAAUUGGGGAAACUUGUUUACAUAAUAUGGCCUCUUAUGGAUUCGGUGACUACCUGGUUCCCACCCUUAUACCACACCUUAUCGCAAAUGGCGCGGAUAUUAACAAGCUUAAUAACGAGGGCUACUCGCCGUUCUCGUAUAUUUAUGAAGUAGGCUUCUAUGACGAUCGUGUUGAGAAUGUUGGACGGUACCUCAGAAUAUUCACAGCCUUCAUCGAGAAUGGGAUAAUCCAGACGGAAGGCGAUGUAAUAAUGUUUGAAUUGUUGGCGGAUAACCUGCAUCGCAUGUAUAAUAUAGCCCAGUUACACCUAUUUGUGGAACUAAGCAACCUGUACGUUGUCAAAGACUGGAAAAUAGUUGCUCGAGAAACACCCCUCCACCGGGAAGUCUCUCAGUUCAGGACCAGUAUGGACGAGGCUAGCCGGGCUAGACAUUAA